CAGAGAUGAAGGCGUGGUGUUGUCGUCGUAGCCUACUCUAUUCCCAACAAGACAUGAAAUGAAACGCGCGCUAAGGAAUGUUGUGAAUUAAAUAUUUCUUAGAAUGUUAAAGCAAACGGAGCAGUUAUUUCGUUUACUAAGAAACUUAUCUAAAAUAUGAAUUUUGUGCCAUUUGGAUGGCUCUGCGAUAGGGACAUUUCGCAAACCAUAGCAAGCAAGCCAUUGUUUUUGUCUGUUGGACUUCUCCACAUCAAGAUCAACAAGCAACAGCUAUCGUUCACAUUCAGGCUUUCGAUUAGCUCAUAAGUUAUCACCUCUACGAUUGAAGAAACACCGGAAUAUCGACUAACGUUAGAGUGAAGACAAUCCAAAGCAGCAAGACACAAGUGCCUCCAGCACUGAAGGUCCCCCUCUUCCUGAGUGUGACUCGUCCCCACGACGUCACAAAUGCGACCAUGGGAAAUAGCAGUGAAUAGGCGGCCACCACCUGCCCCCUUAAAUCAGAGGAGGUUCCUUGGGGAGCCCUGCAACACCCCUGUUCAUCUCAGGAGAAGCCCUCCAUUACGACGACAGUGGGGUCAACGAGAUCGGCCUGUCCUGCACGGCUCCCUACACCAGGAUGAGAACUUCCACCACUCGCUCUUCUCUCAGCAGCCGCAGCAUCAGCAGCAGCAGAUUCCUUUAGAUGAGUCUAGACAGUACAGCCAUACCAGCGCACCGCCACGUAUGCUCCACCCUGCCACGCACCCUCCUCAGCAGAGUCCCAUCAUGGUGGAUCUUCACGAGCAGAUGCACCAAGGAUCAGUCCCAAUAUCUUACACAGUUACCACGGUGACGACCCACGGUUUUCCUAUCCACACCGGGCAACCUAUCCCAGGGUGCAACACUCAGCAGCUCCCAGCAUGCUCGGUAAUGUUCAGCGGACAGCUCUCUCUGCUCUGCUGCCUUCCUCCUCCUCUAAUCCAAGCAUGUACAAUGCAGCAUUUGCCAGUGUCUUACCAAGCCUUCCCGCCACUCAUCUCCAGUGAGCAUUUUAUACUGCACCCCUCUCCACCUGUGCCCCCACACCAGCCACCACACCUUGCUCCUCUGAGCCAGUUUGUUCCCUUGCAGCCUCAGCAUCCGCGCAUGCCUCUGCAGAGGGUAGAAAAUGAAGUUGACCUAAGAGGGGACCAGCACCCCAUGGGGACUUUCUCCUAUCCUUCUGCACAUCAUCCACCAGCAAUGCCUCCCUCAAUGCCCCUGCAGUACCUUCCUCAAGAGCCACUUCACCAGGAACUGCCCUUUGGAGUGCCAUAUCCCCAUGUCCUGCCAAGGCGUGUCAAUGGACAGAGAUACAGGUUACAGCAGCCUUUGCCCCCGCCCCCUCCACCGCCCCCCUACUACCCUGGAUUCUUACCUUAUUUCCUCUCAAUGCUUCCAGUGCCUCCAACUGCAGUGGGCCCAGCCAUAAGUCUUGACCUGGAUGUGGAUGAUGUAGAGAUGGAGAACUAUGAGGCAUUGCUCAAUUUGGCCGAGAGACUUGGCGAGGCCAAACCGCGAGGACUCACUAAAGCCGACAUAGAACAGCUUCCGUCCUACCGGUUCAAUCCCGAGAACCACCAAUCUGAACAAACUCUGUGUGUUGUAUGCUUUAGCGAUUUUGAGUCAAGGCAGCUACUCCGAGUACUACCCUGUAACCACGAGUUUCAUGCUAAGUGUGUGGACAAAUGGUUAAAGACCAAUCGCACGUGUCCAAUCUGUCGAGCCGACGCCUCGGAGGCUCACCGGGACGUCGAUUGAGCCAGCUCCAAGUCCUGCAUUGGGGAAACAGCACAAAAAAAAACACAGGACGAAGAAGAACAAAAAAAAAACAACAAAAUGACAACACAACUGGAGCCUGUGACUGGGGAUGACCUGCCACCUAACCUGUGCUCUCCAGCCAAACUGAUACCAACAUCCCUCCCCCUCCCCCACCUCAACCAA